AUGAGAGCUCUAGUGACUCUUCAAUUCCUGCUGCACGUCGCUCACCCGCUUGUUGUAACGUCUGACCCACAAGCAGAAGUGAGCAAGGAGGCGGUGAGGGCAGUGCUGGGACCAACAGAGGAAGUGCAGUGCACCUUGCUGCUUCUUGCCCACAAACCCAUCUCGCAAACCAUUUAUGAGAUAUUCCUCCAGUUUGGGAUUCCUGUCGGCAUAUUCGAGGUGCGGGCGGCGGGUAAGGAAGGAGGCGGCGCGUGGCUCACUCCAGUGUCUGACGUGGUUGUCCGCGCUAGGCAUAUUCGCCGCUCGUCUUGGUGCGUGACGGUGGUGGUGAUGAGUGACGACCCAGACUUCCUCGCAGCCUUCGCCGAGUCCACGCUGAAACACCGCCUGCUGGGGUGGGCCACGAGGCUGCUUGUCCUCGCCCGCCUCCCGCUGCAUCAGGUGCACAGCCUCCUCUCCUCUCACUGGACAUUUUCCAUGAUGAACGCCAUGGUCCUCAACCAGCAACGAGACUCUUCCGGACACAGGUACCUGAUAGAAUACUUUUUCUUUCUUCUAAAACACCAAAACAAACCAGUGUUACUCGAGAAUUCAGUUUGUAUUCCCACCUGCCAUACGGUCCCCAGGGAGGCCAUGUGGUGCAGGCGGCUUCGUGGAGACAGCCUGCACGUCGCUCCCUACACAUUUCAUCUUCCUCACUCUUCCCAGAGAAAUUUUCGAAUCAGAGUGUUAAGUCGUGUGUUUUAUGACCUAAGUUUCUACGGUGCCACUGUGAAUGUUUCGGUGCUUCCCUACGCUCCUUAUUGGGAGGAGACUGUGAGCGAGGCGGAGGACGGGACCCUUGUCAAGACAUACUCGGGCACAGACUACGAGCUCCUCUACACCAUGUCCACGACUCUCAACUUCACAAUACAUGUCCUUCCUUCAAGCACCUGGGAGGAGGUGAGCUGUACAACCCCUAUCCACGUUGGACAACUGGUGGCGGAUCGCGUGUCCUUUAUGUCCCCGAUGCACCACGUUCCGGUGGCCCAGCGACUGAAGAUAUAUGACUUCUCGUAUGGUUAUGAAUAUGGGUCCUUUGCCUUCUCCGCCGCCACGCCUUCCCUCAGACCUCGCUGGCAGAGUCUGUACUACCCACUCUCAGACUUCGUGUGGCUGGCAGUCCUGGCGGUGGUGUGCUUCGUGCCACUGUCAUUCUAUGCAAUUAGGAAGAAAAAACUGUUCAUGUUUUCUUAUAUACAUCGCACGUCGCUGUUUCUCUUAAAGGUAAACCUGUUGGCAUCUCGGUUGGUAUUCGAGAACAAGAUCAGCUUCAGCGUGGCAAUCGAGAUGGUCAUUGCCACUCUCCUAUCCCAGAACUUAUCAAUGCAGCUCCCUAAAUCCCACGCUAACCGAGGUCUACUGAUCGCGUGGCUACUGUUCGCUUUCAUUGUUGGAACAGUGUACCGCAGCAAUCUGACGGCCGCCCUCACCCUGCCCAAGUACCCGCCUAGACCAGAGACUGUAGAGGAUAUGGUUGAAGCUUUUGACAGAAUAUCAAUGCCUUCAUACGGAGGAGUGUUCAUCGAAAAUUUCAAGAAGUCAUCUUACUCUGUGUUCCGAGAAAUGGGAGAAAAAAUGUUUAUUAUUAAGAGCGCAUUGGAGGCCAUGCAGCGAUCCAGAGACCUCAGAGAGUCACACGUUGGGUGGGAGAGUUACAUGGCCACUAUAAUAGCUCGGCACUUCAUUAUGGCAGACGGAAGUGCUCAAAUUUACCUGGGGCGUGAGAGUGUGUCACGCACUCUGACAGCCUGGCCUCUGCCGCACGACGCGCCCUUCAAGAGACAAGUGGACGUGAUCAUGGUGAAGGUGUUGGAGGCAGGACUGUAUGAAAAGUGGCGAUCUGACUUCCUGGAAGCAGUGAAGAAGGAGACUCGCAAGAAGCAGAAAACACUUGAAGAAGAGGCAGAAGGAAGCCCCGAUGACACUGGCGGCUUCGUGAACGCCCUUAACUUGGUGCAUAUGCAGGGCCCGCUGCUGCUGCUGCUGCUGGGCCUCACUGGAGCUGGUUUUGUGUUCACUGUGGAAUUGCCUUGUAAAAGCUAG